GUUGUGAACACUGCCAAAUUGUACAUCCUGUAAGAUCCCAUCGACUUCGUUGUGUAUCUUUAUCUCGUAUACUGUACCCAUACUUUGCGGUAUCAUCAUCAUGGCAGGUUCAUCGCGCGGCGCAACCAAGCGGCUCAUGACUGAGCUUCAAACAUACCAGCGCGAUCCAAAUGAAGAGCUUCUCGAUCUAGGGCCAGCAGACGAAGAUGUGAUGCACUGGAGAGCUGUCAUGAAGGGUGUAGAAGGAACAGCGUACGAAGGCGGCGCAUGGCUUCUUGACAUUCACAUCCCCUCCACCUACCCCAACUCGCCUCCCUCCAUCCGCUUCAUAACGCCCAUAUGCCAUCCAAAUGUCGACUUCAAGACCGGCGAGAUCUGUCUCGAUCUGCUCAAGACGAGCUGGACACCCGCAUACACCAUCUCGACAACGAUGACGAGCAUACACCAGCUGUUAACCAGCGCUGAGCCAGAUAGCCCGUUGAAUGUGGAUAUUGCGCAACUGUUUAGGCAAGGUGAUUAUGUGGGUGCUGAGGCGCUCAUUAGAUUUUAUACUGAGACGGAGAAGUAUACCGGGAGGGGGCGAUCAUAAAGAUGCACUGUGACAUUGUCAUGUGAGCAGGGUGUGGCCGCAAUGAAAUAAAGUUCUGCGUGCCAUAUCGGACAGGCGCAGUGGAUGUUGGGCUAGCACCCAAGGGAAUCUGGAGAAUCAUAAGAUUUGUGGGGACUGAUUCAAAAUCUUGGCAAGAGGUGGGGAUGCCAUUUUGUUGCGAGAUGGUCCUUAUUCGAGUUGCAAGCGUUACGAGCGUAUACAACUUCAUGGAACACUAUUGCUUACAGACU